GUGCAUGAAGUAUACAAAAUCUACUUGUUCUCUCUCUUCUUGGGGUACCUUUCGCAGUUUGAAAAUUCAGCCUUACUAGUGUCACCAUUACUGAGUCUUGUAGCAGCUUUUAUGCUCUCUAAAUGCCUUCAGAUGAACAUGAAAAAAGGUACAUUUAUGUCAAGAUUGCUGAAAAUAAUAUACAUUUAUUUGGUACUUACAAUAACAGUGACACUAAACUUCUUACUAAAGAUGUUUGUUCCUCAUAAAGAAAAUGAGCAUUUGCUGAAGUUCAUUGAAGUAAAACUUGGCUUAAACACAACUAAGAAUUUUACAAUGAAUUGGCUCCUCUGUCAAGAAUCUCUUCAGGCACCCUCCCAAGACUUCUUUUUGCGACUGACACAGUCAUCGCUGCUGCCUUUCUAUAUUUUAGUAUUAAUUAUCUGCCUUUUUUCGGUAACUCAGGUCAUUUUUAGGAGAAUUUGUGGUGAACCACUGAAAGAGACAGUUAAACUUGAGGAUGGUCGAAUUGGAGAGAGGCCAGAAAUAGUUUAUCAUGUAAUUCACACAAUUUUACUUGGUUGUCUAGCGAUGUGUUUGGAAGGAAUGAAAUACCUAUGGACGCCUUAUGUUUGCAUGCUUGCUGCAUUUGGUGUGUGCUCUCCCGAACUUUGGAUGACACUUUUCAAGUGGCUUCGACUGAAAGCCGUGCACCCAAUAUUACUGGCUCUUAUUCUAAGUAUGGCAGUUCCCACAAUAAUUGGAUUCAGCUUGUGGAAAGAGUUUUUCCCUAGGAUAAUGACAGAGCUUUCAGAACUGCAAGAAUUCUAUGAUCCUGAUACAGUAGAACUUAUGACAUGGAUAAAGCGUCAGGCUCCUGUGGCUGCUGUGUUUGCAGGCAGCCCGCAGCUAAUGGGUGUGAUUAAGCUUUGUACCGGAUGGAUGGUGUCGAGCUUGCCUUUAUAUAAUGACGAUGAUCUUCUAAAAAGAAAUGAAAAUAUUUAUCAGAUCUAUUCAAAGAGGUCAGCAGAGGAUAUUUAUAAGAUACUCACAUCUUACAAAGCUAAUUUUCUGGUUAUUGAAGAUUCAAUUUGCAAUGAAGUGGGCCCUGUAAGAGGAUGUAGAGUUAAAGAUCUGUUGGAUAUUGCUAAUGGUCAUGUGGUUUGCGAGGAAGGCGACAGCUAUGCCUACUCAAAAUAUGGACGAUUUUGUCAUGAAAUCAAAAUGAACUACUCUCCAUAUGUGAAUUAUUUUACUCGAGUAUACUGGAAUAGAUCCUACUCUGUAUAUAGAGUCAACACUGUGAUAUCAUUCCAGUCAUGAGAAAGCACGCAAGAUGCUUUCUGAGGAUUGAUUGUGAAUGAAAUUCAGUUGAAAAAGUUCCUUUUGAUCAAGGAAGUUAUUUUUGGAGAUACAUGUGCGCACAUGCAGUGUAUUGAC